CAGGUGCUCGCCUACAUAGACUUUCUCCAUGGCAAGUGGAACUUCUCCGAGAUCCGAGCCAUCUUCUCCCGGCGCUAUCUGCUACAGAACAUCGCCAUCGAGAUUUUCAUGGCCAACAGAAGUAGGUCACUUAUUUGGGGCGUGUAUUGGGAGGUCACUUAAUUGGGGCGUGUAUAGGGAGGUCACUUAAUUGGGGCGUGUUGUGGUAGGUCACUAAAUUGGGUCGUUUAGUGGUAGGUCACUAAAUUGGAUCGUUUAGUGGUACGUCACUAAAUUGGGUCGUUUAGUGGUAGGUCACUAAAUUGGGUCGUUUAGUGGUAGGUCACUAAAUUGGGUCGUUUAGUGGUAGGUCACUAAAUUGGGUCGUUUAGUGGUAGGUCACUAAAUUGGGUCGUUUAGUGGUAGGUCGCUAAAUUGGGUCGUAUAUUGGGAGGUCACUUAAUGUAGUCAUCUAUUGGGAGGUCACUUAAUGUAGUCAUCUAUUGGGAGGUCACUUAAUGUAGUCCUCUAUUGGGAGGUCACUUAAUGCAGUUGUCGAUUGGGAGGUCACUUAAUGUAGUUGUCGAUUGGGAGGUCACUUAAUGUAGUCGUCGAUUGGGAGGUCACUCAAUGUAGUCGUCGAUUGGGAGGUCACUCAAUGUAGUCGUCGAUUGGGAGGUCACUCAAUGUAGUCGUCGAUUGGGAGGUCACUCAAUGUAGUCGUCUAUUGGGAGGUCACUUAAUGUAGUCCUCUAUUGGGAGGUCACUUAAUCUAGUUGUCGAUUGGGAGGUCACUUAAUGUAGUUGUCGAUUGGGAGGUCACUAAAUGUAGUUGUCGAUUGGGAGGUCACUAAAUGUAGUCGUCGAUUGGGAGGUCACUAAAUGUAGUCGUCCAUUGGGAGGUCACUAAAUGUAGUCGUCCAUUGGGAGGUCACUAAAUGUAGUCGUCUUUUGGGAGGUCACCAAUGUAGUCGUCCAUUAGGAGGUCACUAAAUGUAGUUGUCGAUUGGGAGGUCACUUAAUGUAGUUGUCGAUUGGGAGGUCACUUAUGUUAGUUGUCGAUUGGGAGGUCACUUAAUGUAGUCGUCCAUUGGGAGGUCACUAAAUGUAGUCGUCCAUUGGGAGGUCACUAAAUGUAGUCGUCCAUUGGGAGGUCACUAAAUGUAGUCGUCCAUUGGGAGGUCACUAAAUGUAGUCGUCCAUUGGGAGGUCACUAAAUGUAGUCGUCUAUUGGGAGGUCACUAAAUGUAGUCGUCCAUUGGGAGGUCACUAAAUGUAGUUGUCGAUUGGUAGGUCACUUAAUGUAUUUGUCGAUUGGGAGGUCACUAAAUGUAGUCGUCCAUUGGGAGGUCACUAAAUGUAGUCGUCCAUUGGGAGGUCACUAAAUGUAGUCGUCCAUUGGGAGGUCACUCAAUGUAGUUGUCCAUUGGGAGGUCACUAAAUGUAGUCGUCCAUUGGGAGGUCACUAAAUGUAGUCGUCCAUUGUUCAUCUCCAUGAGAACAUUUGGAUGGAUUACAUCGCGCCCUUAAUAGUAAAAAAAUUAAAUUUAUAAAAAGAAUAUCUGAAUAGUCUCCUUCAUCCCAUUGCUACACCUAAUUGUGUUCAUCCUAUUGCUACACCUAAUUGUGUUCAUCCUAUUGCUACACCUAAUUGUGUUCAUCCUAUUGCUACACCUAAUUGUGUUCAUCCUAUUGCUACACCUAAUUGUGUUCAUCCUAUUGCUACACCUAAUUGUGUUCAUCCUAUUGCUACACCUAAUUGUGUUCAUCCUAUUUCUACACCUAAUUGUGUUCAUCCUAUUGCUACACCUAAUUGUGUUCAUCCUAUUUCUACACCUAAUUGUGUUCAUCCUAUUGCUACACCUAAUUGUGUUCAUCCUAUUGCUACACAUAAUUGUGUUCAUCCUAUUGCUACACAUAAUUGUGCUCAUCCUAUUGCUACACCUAAUUGUGUUCAUCCUAUUGCUACACCUAAUUGUGCUCAUCCUAUUGCUACACCUAAUUGUGCUCAUCCUAUUGCUACACCUAAUUUGCUCAUCCUAUUGCUACACCUAAUUGUAUUCAUCCUAAUGCUACAACUAACGGUGUUCAUCCUAUUGUCACACCUAUGUUCAUCCCAUUGCUGCACCUAAUUGUGUUCAUACUAUUGCCUCACCUAAUUGUCUUCAUCCCAUCGCUACACCCAGUUGUGUUCAUCCUAUUGUCAAACCCAAUUGUGUUCCUUCUACACACCACUGCCCCUUCCGCCCCCCCCCCAACUGAAAACUGUUUGCGCAAAGCGUCAUCCCCUCCUACUGAGCGCUAUCAGAUCAUCUAUCAACUGUUCCCUUGAUCGGCUAGGGCUCGUUCUUAUUGAUGAUCAUUCAAUUAUAUUACCGGUACUUUUAUUUUUUAGAUACUUGUCCUUCCAUAAUUAAUUCCUUUUCCAGAGAGGUGCACAGCCAUUGAGGAUUGGAAAUAAGAAACACACAGUAAGGGAAACAACUCCCCUAUGGGGCGGUCCAUAUAGUACGUCAUGCUAUGUUUACCACCCACCCACCCCCAGCCCAUUAUUUCUAUGAUUUUUAUCAGAGCUACAUUUAAUCCAAUUUUCUCAUGAGUGCCGAAGACUUUCAUUUCAUUUUUGGAUGCACCAAGUGGACUUUGUUUUUUUUUAAAUUUCAUUUUGUUCAUUUGAUUUCUUCUAUUUAUUUUCUAUGGGCGUCCCGUGCCCCAGACGUCCUCUUUGUCAUAAUCUGUUCCUUUCAAUCGUCUCAUGUUUUCUUGGGUGACGUGGGGUAACGUUGACAGUGGAAAAGUUCCCGACAUGUCCGCUUAAAUAAGUUAUUGACGUGCUGGCCGUAAGUAGUGGGGUAUCUGCGAGAUAAGGUAUCCAGUGCUUUGAUUGGGUGUGGUUCAUAUCCUCCACUCCCAAUGUCUUGAUGGGGUGUGGUUCAUAUCCUCCAUUCCCAAUGGAUUGAUGGGAUGUCGUUCAUAUCCUCCACUCCUAAUGUCUUGAUGGGGCGUGGUUCAUAUCCUCCAUUCCCAAUGGUUUGAUGGGGUCUAACCCCAAAUGUUUGAUGGGGUGUGGUUCAUAUCCUCGACUCCCAAUGGUUUAAUGGGGUGUGGUUCAUAUCCUCGACUCCCAAUGUCUUGAUGGGGCGUGGUUCAUAUCCUCCACACUCAAUUGUUUAAUGGGGUGUUCUUCAUAUCCUCCACUCCCAAUGGCUUGAUGAGGUGUGGUUCAAAUCCUCCGCUCUCAAUAGUUUGAUGGGGUGUGGUUCAUAUCGUCCACUCCCAGUAGCUUGAUGGGGUGUGGUUCGUAUCCUUCACUCCCAGUGGCUUGAUGGGGUGUGGUUCAUAUCCUUCACUCCCAGUGGCUUGAUGGGGUGUGGUUUAUAUCGCCCACUCUCAGUGGUUUGAUGGGGUGUGUUUCAUAUCCUUCACUCCCAAUUGCUUGAUGGGGUGUGGUUUAUAUCGCCCACUCCCAGUGGCUUGAUGGGGCGCGGUUCAUAUCUUUCACUCCCAAUGGUUUGAUGGGGGAUGUUUCAUAUCGUCCACUUCCAAUAGUUUGAUGGGGCGUUGUUCAUAUCCUCUACCCCGAAUGUUUGAUGGGUUGUGGUUCAUAUCCUUCACUCCCAGUGGCUUGAUGGGGUGUGGUUCAUAUCGUCCACUUCCAAUAGUUUGAUGGGGCGUGGUUCAUAUCCUCUACCCCGAAUGGUUUGAUGGGUUGUGGUUCAUAUCCUUCACUCCCAGUGGCUUGAUGGGGGGGGGGAAGGGGGGUGGUUCAUAUCGUCCACUUCAAAUAGGUUGAUGGGGCGUGGUUCAUAUCCUCCGCUUCCAAUGGUUUGAUGGGGUGUGGUUCAUAUCGUCCACUCCCAGUGUUUUGAUGGGGUGUGGUUCAUAUCGUCCACUCCCAAUGGCUUGAUGGGGUGUGGUUCAUAUCCUUCACUUCCAAUGGCUUGAUGUUGUGUUGUUGAUAUCGUCCACUUCCAANUCCCCAUUGGUACCUUAGAGAGAUAGUAGUCCUACCAUAAUCCUUGAACUAUCCGAGUAUCCCCAUUGGUACCUUAGAGAGAUAGUAGUCCUACCAUAAUCCUUGAACUAUCCGAGUAUCCCCAUUGGUACCUUAGAGAGAUAGUAGUCCUACCAUAAUCCUUGAACUAUCCGAGUAUCCCCAUUGUUACCUUAGAGAGAUAGUAGUCCUACCAUAAUCCUUGAACUAUCCGAGUAUCCCCAUUGUUACCUUAGAGAGAUAGUAGUCCUACCAUAAUCCUUGAACUAUCCGAGUAUCCCCAUUGGUACCUUAGAGAGAUAGUAGUCCUACCAUAAUCCUUGAACUAUCCGAGUAUCCCGUUUGUUACCUUAGAGAGAUAGUAGUCCUACCAUAAUCCUUGAACUAUCCGAGUAUCCCCAUUGUUACCUUAGAGAGAUAGUAGUCCUACCAUAAUCCUUGAACUAUCCGAGUAUCCCCAUUGUUACCUUAGAGAGAUAGUAGUCCUCCUUAGAGAGAUAGUAGUCCUACCAUAAUCCUUGAACUAUCCGAGUAUCCCCAUUGUUUUAGAGAUAAUAGACCUACCAUAAUACUUAAACUAUAUCCAAGUAUCCCCAUUGUUAUCUUAUAAAGAUGAUAGUCCUACCAAAAUCCUAAACUAUCCGAGUAUCCCCAUUGUUAUCUUAUAGAGAUAAUUGUCCUACCUCAAUUCUUGGGCUGUUAUUUGAAGAACCUCAGACUCCCAGAUGCAUCUAUAAAGUACAUGUUCAAGUCUACGACGAAAAUAUAUUAUUUCUUUUAAAUACUAAAAAGACAAGCUCACAACAUCAUGGCUACUACUACGACCCUUAGAUAUAUUGACUUUACUGCGCUGGUUCUGUACCCUACAAUGCACUACAAUACCCUCAGUACCCUACAAUGCACUACAAAAUUCCCUCAGUACCCUACAAUGCACUACAAUACCCUCAGUACCCUACAAUGCACUACAAUACCCUCAGUACCCUACAAUGCACUACAAUACCCUCAGUACCCUACAAUGCCAAUUGCCGUCUACUAACGACAAGAGUCUUAUUAUGUAGUUUCAGUUGGUUAGUCUCUAGACUCUAGGUCUGCCCACUGCCCGCUACUACUGUCAAAACUGUUGCGCCUUUAAGACGAGAAAAAAAGAGGGGGGGGGGGGGAGAUGCAAAAAAAAACCAAAACCCCUUAGAUGAAAAUCCUGUUCAUUGAAUGACGUUGGUGGAUGAAUCCUAAGACAUGUCAUGUGUCACAAACAAAAGAAGAAGUUCCCAAUCCGAGGACGGGUGUAGUCGUUGAUGGACAGGUAGGGUUCUAGAUGGGCGUGCAGAUAGCUUUGAGGUAACGUAUCAAUAAACAGGGCUGUCUGUCUAUCCUAGAAAUUGCCUUCAGUCGGAGUUAUCUAUCUGCAAAGAUGAACUUUUUGGUGGGGGAGGGGGGUAUUUUAUUUGUAUUUAUUUUUUAACCGAAAGGAAUGAACACGUGAAAAGUAAACAAAAAUAAUGACCGUCUUCUUAGAUAACCAACUAGAGUUGUUCUUCUGACGUGUUGUAUCCUGUUGCUCUUCUCCCGCACACGUGUGCGUUGUGAGUGUGUGGGGAAAUGGCUACCCGUUGCCAACACGUCUUUUUAAAAAAACAACCUUGAUUGUGUGAUUGUGUCUAGUACAGUGGUUCUCAGCCUUGCUAAUGCCGCGACCCUUUAAUGCAUUGCCUUCUGUUGUGGCGACCCCCCAACCACAAAAUUAUUUUCGUUGCUACUUAAUAACUGUAGAGUACCGGUAUAUGUGUUUUCCGUUGGUCUCCGGGUACCCCUGUGAAAGGGUCGUUCGACCCCUAAAGGGGUCUCGGCCCACAGGCUGAGAACACCGCUAGUCUAGUAGAAAGAGUCCAUGUCUCCUCCCCCCCGAUCUUUGAAUCUUCUUGUAUAUACAUUUUUGUUAUGUAUGUGACUGCUCCCCUCCCCUUUUUUAUAUAUAUUUUUAUUUUUAUUUUGUUGUUAGAUUUUAAUUUUCUUCACAUGUUGGGGGCGGGGGGGGGGUGUUAAACUUGUCUUAGCAGCUUUAUAUGACGUCUGGCGCAGGGGCGUAUGCUAGUUGACAGGGGAGGUCAUCUCAAAGGGAAGUCAGACGUCUCACAUAGUCCUAGUCUUCAGAACGCCUGCUCAUGAAAGUAAUUUGUAUUUUAACAUUUCCCCCAUCCUCAGCCGCCGUCAUGUUCUCCUUCCCCGACCACGUGACUGUCCAGAAGGUCAUCAACGCAUUGCCCAGAGUCGGCGUGGGCAUCAAGUAUGGAUUGAAUCAAACCAGGUAAGUUAAAAGACAGAGUAUCUCAGGCCAAAAUCAACCCUCUCUCUGAAAAAUGUAUAAAUUAUAUUUAUGGAAAUUAAGACUACAUUUUUUAACUAUUUGCAAUGACAAGUAAAAAAAAAAUGGAAAUAUUAUACAUUAAAACAUUGGCCAUGCAUGAUUUAUAUAAGCCGGUAAAUUCGCGUAUUUAAAAGUGCAGUGCUAUACCUCAUAGUUGUCCAUUUGUCAUAAAUCGUUAGACAGUUUUUACACUACUGUCCAGUAACAGUAUAAGUCAUGUAAAAACACAUUAUUAUGGCUUAUUGCACAGUGUUUUUUUUUAAGUAUUUCUCAACUGUACAUUUGAUCUUUGGAGGUUUUUGUAUUAGGGUGGUACACUGUGUUCGCUUUGUUUAAAAAACACAUAGUUUAGAAGCCCAUAUGAAUGUACAUGUAUUUAAUACAGCCACUCGCAGACUUGGUUUUAAUCUUACAAAAGCUCACCACAGAGCCUUAAUUAAGCAGCAUGAGAAGUGAGCGGGUCCACUCAGGUGGUUCUUGGGGUUUGAGGAAAAGACCGGGAGCUAGGAUGUUGCACAGUUUCUGUGAAAUUGAAGGAAAUAUGGUAUGGGGGGAAACGGGGGGGGGGGGGGGUGAAAAAAAAAGAACGUGUCGCGGCAAGAUGCCUACUCCAGGGAAUAAACAACGAGUAACACACAAAUAAAAAAAAUAAACACUUAGGUGAAAUCUAGUAUCCGAGGGGACAGCGAGAGAUUUCAAUUCAAAUGAAAUGGAAUAGAGUUAGGUUUUAUGUGUAUCAUUUGUAUGAGAUCUUCUUUUCUAUCAUUAACAACAAACUUGGCAAAUAAUUCGUGGUGCUUUUAUUGUCGUUUAGGUUUCACUAACUAUUAACAUGCAACGCUAUGGAUAAAAUGGACAUUUGAGAUACCAGGUAUUAGAGCCGUCUUCUUUAACUUGCAUCUAACACUCAUUAGUGUAGCUAGGGGCUGGUGCCCCGCACCAUUUCAGAAAAAGGGGGGAGGGGGGGGGGAGCAACUCUUCUUUCGCCCAAAAUGCCCCUUCUCCCCCCUUUCCCCAUAUAAAGAAGAAAAGAAAGGAACUCUUCGGGCGGACUCCCAACCCCCCUCUACUUCCUAUGACACUGCUAACACGCUCUCCCCAAACAACCCACCAGAUAUUUUAAGUACCCACUGUAGGGACCCACUGUUGGGACCCACUGUAAAUUACCCACUGUAAGGACCCACUGUAAGGACCCACUGUUGGGACCCACUGUAAGGACCCACUGUAAGGACCCACUGUAAAGUACCCACUGUAAAGAACCCACUGUAGGGAUCCACUAAAGGGACCCACUGUAAGGACCCACUGUAAAGUACCCACUGUAAAGAACCCACUGUAGGGAUCCACUGAAGGGGCCCACUGUAGGGACCCACCGUAAAGUACCCACUGGAUCAAUCACCAACAGUGAACUGAAACACAGAGGCCAAUGUAUGCCUCUCACCCGCCACAGCAGGCACACAUGGUGGUGAAGUGAUACCAUAAUGAUCACCCUGACCAGCUAUGAGCUGCCUCCUACUUGUUUGAUCAGAGUGUGGACGUGCCCUGUUUUGAUAGACACACGCGUACCUUUAUGGAGGGUUGACAUUUCUGUUGGCUAACAUUAAUUGUGUGACUGCUGUACACAGGGUGUUGCACGAUGAACAUUGACUUGUCAUUUACGAGGAAAGGAACCGAGCUGAUCGGAGGUUGUACGAUUCUUUAUAACAUAGCUUGAAAAGAUCUCUUCUUUAUCAUUUUUUAUGUCUAUUUUUACUCUAAAUAAAUAUCACCUAUUUAUGGAAACAAAAAAUACUUAAGAUAUAAACUACACAACCUACAAAAAAGGUCACUCACAAACCUGCAAAUUAGGUCACAAGCUACAAAUAAGGUCACAGACCUACACAUUAGGCCACAAACCUACACAUUAGGUCACAAGCUACUAAUAAGGUCAAAAACCUACAAAUUAGGUCACAACCUACAAAUAAGGCCAUAAACCUACAAAUUAGUUCAGAACCUACAAAUAAGGCCAUAAAUCAACAAAUUAGGUCACAACCUACAAAUAAGGCCAUAAACCUACAAAUUAGGUCACAACCUAUAAAGAAGGCCAUAAACCUACAAAUUAGGUCACAGCCUACAAAUAAGGUCACAAACCUACAGAAUGUCACAAACCUACAAAUAAUGUCAAAUUGUACAAGUACCGUAAUUAUCGGCAAAAGAUAUCUUCACUGGUGACGAUUGGGUCCUUCUAAAGAUGGGCAAAGCAGUUGUUGGCAUAACAUUUGGUCAAUCGGGAAGUGAUGGCAAAUUAGUGAUGGCUCAAUUCAAGUGAAUUUAUUAUGUCAUUAAUGUUACUAUAACAUGGGAUUGACAAGGCAAACAUAACAUGCUAUUUUUUCUAGUGUAUCUGUAUUAUUUACUUGGGUAAAUUAACCAAAAUAGUGUCUUAUAUGAUAGCUAUGUAUAGGUAUUGUGUUAGCUCUGUAGGUAUGUUUAUCUUAUGGCUGUAUGCUUAUUUUGCCUGACCUGAUCAUUUCCUCAGACGUGUGUCCCUGGCAUCAGGAAAGCAGCUGUUCAAGCUGUCCAACAUGACACAAAAAUGGCAGAAGAGGGAGAUCUCGAACUUUGAUUACAUCAUGUACCUCAACACCAUAGCAGGUGGGCCACAUGUCUGGUAGAUCUUUACCCCCACAGUGUCCUUUACAAUCACAUAGGCUGUAAUGGUGUGAUUACAUAUCUUAUAUCCCAAAGCUGUCCUUACACAUCUGUAAAGGGUAAUGGCUGGAUUACAUCAUGUGUCAUUGCACAUUAUGGUUUGUGUUUGAUCUCAUAGUAUGCUCUUACAUGCUGUAUAUCGGAUAAAGGUGUUCUUAAAACCUUAGAUGGGAUGGUUUCAUUAUCACUACAUGUCCUUGGACACCAUCACUCAGGGGGGGGGGGACACCAUAGCUCAGGGGGACACCAUAGCUCAGGGGGGGACAACAUAGCUCAGGGGGGACACCAUAGCUCAGGGGGGACACCAUAGCUCAGGGGGGACACCAUAGCUCAGGGGGAACACCAUAGCUCAGGGGGGGACAACAUAGCUCAGGGGUACACACUAGUUCAGGGGGACACCAUAGCUCGGGGAACACACUAGCUCAGGUGGGACACCAAAGCUCAAGGGGGACACCAUAGCUCAGGUGGGACAACAUAGCUCAGGUGGGACACCAUAGCUCUGGUGGGGAGACACCAUAGCUCAGGGGGGGGACCAUAGCUCAGGUGAGACACCAUAGCUCAGGAGGGCCACACUAGCUCAGGUGGGACACCAUAGCUCAAGGGGGACACCAAAGCUCAGGUGGGACACCAUAGCUGAGGGGGGACACCAUAGCUCAGGGGGGCCACACUAGCGCAGGGGGGACACCAUAGCUCAAGGGGACACCAUAGCUCAAGGGGGACACCAUAGCUCAGGGGGGACACCAUAGCUCAGGUGGGACACCAUAAAUCAGGAGGGACACCAUAAAUCAGGAGGGACACCAUAGCUCAAGGGGGACACCAUAUCUCAAGGGGACACCAUAGCUCAAGGGGGACACCCAUAGCUCAGGUGGGACACCAUAGCUCAGGUGGGACACCAUAGGUCAGUUUGAAGACCAUAGGUCAGGUUCGUACACAAUAGCUCAGGGGACACAUCAUAGCUCAGGGGGGACACCAUAGCUCAGGUAGGACACCAUAGCUCAGGGGGGACACCAUAGGUCAGGUGGGACCCAUGUCCUAAAAGUUCCAUUUAUAACAAUCUUGAAAUAUUUUAUUCGUAAUCCUUGACCAUAGAGAUUAGGGAGCUGAGCUUUUGGUCAACAUCAACACUGCAAUGGUUGGUUUUUAAGAUUCAUAUGACCAUUCAACUGAAUAUCAUAUCUGUUAAAGGUCUGUCACAACAUAUUUAACAUAUUAGUCACAUAAAAAAAAAUUAUAAAAAAAUAAAAAAAAGUGUACUUCCUCCAUUUGGUAUAAAACAAGAUGUCCUCUUAUUAAACAACAGAGAUAAGAUUGUCCUCUUAUUAAACAACAGAGAUAAGAUUGUCCUCUUAUUAAACAACAGAGAUAAGAUUGUCCUCUUAUUAAACAACAGAGAUAAGAUUGUCCUCUUAUUAAACAACAGAGAUAAGAUUGUCCUCUUAUUAAACAACAGAGAUAAGAUUGUCCUCUUAUUAAACAACAGAGAUAAGAUUGUCCUCUUAUUAAACAACAGAGAUAAGAUUGUCCUCUUAUUAAACAACAGAGAUAAGAUUGUCCUCUUAUUAAACAACAGAGGUAAGAUUGUCCUCUUAUUAAACAACAGAGGUAAGAUUGUCCUCUUAUUAAACAACAGAGGUAAGAUUGUCCUCUUAUUAAACAACAGAGGUAAGAUUGUCCUCUUAUUAAACAACAGAGAUAAGAUUGUCCUCUUAUUAAACAACAGAGAUAAGAUUGUCCUCUUAUUAAACAACAGAGAUAAGAUUGUCCUCUUAUUAAACAACAGAGAUAAGAUUGUCCUCUUAUUAAACAACAGAGAUAAGAUUGUCCUCUUAUUAAACAACAGAGAUAAGAUUGUCCUCUUAUUAAACAACAGAGAUAAGAUUGUCCUCUUAUUAAACAACAGAGAUAAGAUUGUCCUCUUAUUAAACAACAGAGAUAAGAUUGUCCUCUUAUUAAACAACAGAGAUAAGAUUGUCCUCUUAUUAAACAACAGAGAUAAGAUUGUCCUCUUAUUAAACAACAGAGAUAAGAUUGUCCUCUUAUUAAACAACAGAGAUAAGAUUGUCCUCUUAUUAAACAACAGAGAUAAGAUUGUCCUCUUAUUAAACAACAGAGAUAAGAUUUCCUGCUUAUUAAGCAACAAAGUGAAGCUUCUAAUAUUUGUGGAAAAAAGAAUUUUUGAUGUUUUAUGACAGCUAAUCUUGAUCCCAACUCACAACUGCCCAACAAGUUUCAAGAGUGACAUCGUUAAGAUUGGGAGAACUUCUGUCAGAUGGAUCACAGCAGGCAGUUCUUGUCAUCAGACAUUCUCUGAGAGUCUCACCAAAAUAUGUUUACUUGUUGUCUACUACUCUUUGAACGAGAGCUAUAGAGGGGGGGGGGGGGUCAGGAAGUCAGAACCUGUCUUCCUUGAUUCCUGGAUUAGUUGAAAUGUUCACCAACAUGGCGGUCCAUAUAAUAUUUAUUUAAAACAAUGUCAGGAAAGUCCAUAUUCAUGUAGUCAUUUUGGUCAGGAAAGUCCAUAUUUAUGUAGUCAUUUUGGUCAGGAAAGUCCAUAUUUAUGUAGUCAUUUUGGUCAGGAAAGUCCAUAUUUAUGUAGUCAUUUUGGUCUGCAAUCAUUGACACCUCAAGCAAUGACAUGUCAUGCAUUGACUUCUCCAGCAAUGUCAUCUCAAAGCUGAUUUAGCUUUACCAAUAUUUGUAGUUUUACCCAUAAAGCUAAAGAAUCAGCCAAUUUUUACUCAUGUAUUAUUUGUGAAUUGUAUGUAGACAUUGUAGACAUGUUUAUACCUUUAAUUUAGUUUAUUAUUAUUAUUUUUAAAAAUAUUUUUUUUAUAAAUCUGUUAUCCUGAAACUGUAGACAGCGCAAAGCAGUCACCAAGGCAGAUACACUUGUAGUAGUAUUGCACACAAAAUCAAAAUACUUUAUCAGAAAGAUGUGUAGAUUAUUGGUUUGUAGAUUUCCCUGGAUUCACCGAAACAGGCCCUGCGGUUCUGGUUAUCUCCCCUAUUUCACACCACCUUGAAUGCUUCCCUCUCAACCAAUAUAUUAUGUGGGACCCAUCUGUUUCAAAACUACAACCUAUUCCCAUAGAGUUGAAAUGAUGGCACUGUAGAUUUCUGUGUGAUAGGCUUACAAACAGAUGACGUCUAACUCAAGCCAUGGAUACAUUUGGACACAAUCUCUGCCACAUUGGAGGGGAAGGGGAUAAGCCGUAUGGAAAAACCCCUUUUUUUUUUCUUCUUUUUUUUUUUAAAAGUAAAAUCCGAAUGACAUAAAGCAAUAUUGCAGGGGACAUAACCGGGAAGUUUACUAUCACUUCAGUCACCAUGAAUUGUCUUUCUUUAAAUGUUAUUGCCUGAAAGACGCUUUCAGAAGACAGCUGCUUGACUAGGACAUGCACGCCACACUUACUCGUAGCCAAAAAUACUGCUAGCCACAUUUACUGCUGCCACAUUGACUGCUAGCUACAAUUACUGCUCAUUCUUAAAUGAAUUUUUAUUUUUAAAACAUUAUCCUUUAUAAUCUGCAAUUAUUUAUAUAAUUAUCAGAGAAGUGUUCAUCUAUGUUCAUUAGAGAUCAGGUGUCUGCAAUGACAAUGUUGUACGAUGUUUGUUGCCUAAUAUUUUUGACUUGAGCAUUCAGCAUGGUUUUCUGGUCAGCUUUACACCAAAGAUUUUCAGUCUAGGUUAUCCUCUGAUCGUUCAGCUUUUCCCAUUGACUUGAGCAUUCAGCAUGGUUUUCUGGUCAGCUUUACACCAAAGAUUUUCAGUCUAGGUUAUCCUCUGAUCGUUCAACUUUUCCCAAGCCACGUACUUAAACAUCGUUUGUUUUAUGAUGGACUGCUACUAACUAACUCUAACUAAAACUAUUCAGUAUCACAAGAUGCUAUAACCUACCUGACUUUGACUUCCAGGUCGAACCUACAAUGACCUGAACCAGUACCCAGUGUUUCCCUGGGUUUUGGUCAACUAUGACACUGACCAGCUGGACUUGAGCAGUGCAAACACAUACAGGGACCUGUCAAAGGUAAAGCCAUUACUUCUGGUCUCAUUUAUCAUUUUUUUUUUUUUUUUUUUGUAAUUUCAUGGCUGCUCAUUCGACAUUCCAUUCAUUUUUUUUUUCUUUCUUUUGCUCUUAAAUUUAAAAAAAUUUUAAACAAUCAAUCUGUAACUUUUCAGUGUAAAUUUUUAGGCAAAAUUGGUAACAAAUUUUUUGUUAUCUCCCAUCAUAUUAAAGAACACUAACUAAAUUUUGUUUUUAAAUAAAUCACCUACCUAAUUUAGGUGAAGAAAAAAAUUGUUCAUAAAAACUAUUGUGACUCAAUUUGAGAGUCGUUCUUGGAUAUAAUAUUCUCAGGAUGGUUUGAUCAAUUUUUAAUUAACAGUAACAUAACAUCUACAAAAUCAAAACAAAAACACUUUGAGAAAAAUAACUGCAAUAUUGUUUGCUUAAUAUAUUUAGCAAAUGUUUUUGUGUACAUGAUUGUUCUUUCACCCUUUUUAUUGGAAUGGAACCCUUUGGAACAUUUAGAUUGCCCAUAGAACCCCAUAAAGUGACUCAAGGAUUUGUUUGAUUCCAAUUAAGACACCUGCCCGAGUCAAUCCCAUAGCCAAGUAAUUGUCACUGUGCUGAGUGACCAAAAAAAUGUAAGAUUCAGAUAGACAAUGUUAAUUUUUUCGCACGUUCCACUCACAUGACACGUGACUAGCUGUAGCUAGGAAGACAAAGGAAACAGUAAUUAAGUGGAUAAAAGAACUACCAGUUACUGUAAAGUUCAGGUACUGCCAGACUUGGUCCAUGGCGAUUUCAGACAUUAUUUUUAUAAUUUUACUGGACACUAGCAAAAUCUCUGGCUGGCGCUCAGUGAAGCCUUAGGGUCUGCAGAACCCUGGUUGAAAAUAACUGGUGUACAUUAUUGGCUUUCUUCCAAUUAAUUGAUAAAUCAAUAUACACCUUUUUUUUUUAACUAUGUAGAAUUAACAUCAACAUCUGAGAACCACAAUGUGUAAUUAAUGAACAUUUAAAUACCUGGAUUAUCUUCCCAGCCUAUUGGUGCACUGAAUGAGACGAGGAAGGCCUACUUUGAGGAAAGGUUCUCAUCUUGGGAGCAUGAUCAGAUCCCACCUUUCCACUACGGCACCCACUAUUCAACAUCUGCCUUUACACUCAACUGGCUCAUCCGUGUGGUAUAUCAUUUGUUUUAUCUGUAUUGGUUGUAAGGUCACCUGUACUAUGUGUAAAUGAGUAUUGAGUUCACUUUUACUUUGUGUAAAUGAGUAAAGUCACCCUGUACUAUGUUUAAAUGAAUGGUCAGAUCACCUGUACCAUGUGUAAAUGAGUAGUGAAGUCACCUGUACUAUGUGUAAAUGAGUAAUGAUGUCUUCUUUACCAUGUGUAAAUGAAUAGUGAGGUCACCUGUACUAUGUGUAAAUGAGUAGAGAAGUCACCUGUACUAUGACCUUCAGACUUACAGUACAUGUUAACUAUAAGCUGGAUUCUUUCCUUGAAAAUAAAUGUGAUUUCAUUACAAGCAAAUGAAUCUAUUAAGACCAACUCUGUUGUAUGAUCUUCUAUGUUAACUAAAAAGUUGGUAUCUGUUUUUGAUAAGAUCAAGUUAUUUUUUAAUGUCUUUGCUACAUCCCAAGGAGCCCUUCACCACAAUGUUCCUUAACUUACAAGGCGGAAAGUUCGACCAUCCUAACCGAAUCUUCUCAUCCAUUAGUCAGGCCUGGAAGAACUGUCAGAGGGACACCUCAGAUGUCAAGGUAAUGUCUCAGGACAGUUGUGCUGUCCAACCCCUACUUAAGCUUAUAACAUUUUAAUGUUGUAAACAGUACCUGUUGUGUGUGUGAAAUUAAAUAAUUGUAAACACCAACCCUGAAUACUGAUGGAUUGCUUAAAAAUCUAGCAGUAGCAGUAAUGGGGCUCUGGGUAAGCCAUGCUGGUAAGUUGCCCUGUAUAUUAUGAUGAUGAUGUGUGCUCUAUUAUAAUAUUCACUUGGCACCACCUCAGGAACUGAUACCAGAGUUCUUCUGUUUGCCUGAGAUGUUCACCAACACUAACAAGUACAGUCUCGGGAAGCAGGAAGAUGGGAAGGAAGUGAAUGACGUGGAGUUACCUCCCUGGGCCAAGACCCCCGAGGAAUUUGUCAGAAUCAAUAAAAUGGUGAGUACAGUACCUCCCACUUGAAAAACAAAUGCACCUUAAUAAUUCUUUUGUAUAAUCUGUUUCACAGUCGAUUUGAUUUAACUCAGGAUAAAAGUCUUUUCGUUAAGCACCUAAUCAGCAAUUGACCUGCAAUGUGUUAUUUCUCCAUCACUUAUUCUUAUAAAAAUCAACUAUGAAAUGGCAAAGGAAUUUUUAAGCUGGGGCCUUUGAAAGGGCGACAAUUGACUUAGAGAAAAAUCAUUCUUUUUUAACGAACAGACAAAAUGAACAGACAAAGCAAAACUGGGCUAUUGGAAUGAAGUUUAUGAGUGCACCGAGCUUGAACCUAAAUAAAAAAUGUCUUGUGUUAAGAUAAGAUGAGUUUGAUAUUUGAAGUUUUCUUGAAGCAUUGAAUAGUUUAUGUUGGUUUAAAUGGCGUUUCUGUCUUUAUAAAAAUGAAACUUUUGUUUCAGGCUCUGGAAUCUGAAUUUGUUUCCUGCCAGAUCCACAACUGGAUUGACCUGAUCUUUGGAUACAAACAAAGAGGUUGGCACCUGUUCUUUUUGAUGAAAAUCUAUCACUAUCCCUUUUAGUUUGUUUGUUUUGUUGUUUUUUUUUUGCUUUUUUUAAAACUUAACACGUGUCUUUUAUGCACACACAAUGAACCCACCAGACAUUUGUGUUAAAUGUUACUUUUAUAGUUAAAAGUGACGAUUCAAUGACAAUUGAAAUUAAUGUAUAAAGAUCUUAAUUAGAAUGUUUAUAUCAUUCCUUCAUCUCUCGCCACUUGACAGGACCGGAAGCAGUGAGGGCCACCAAUGUAUUUUACUACCUGACCUAUGAUGGCAGCGUCAAUCUUGAAACAAUGACUGACCCUGUCAUGAAGGAGGUCGGUACCGCAUUUUUUUUAGCUACCCUUAUUUGCUGUAUUUGACUAUAGAUUUAAUCUGGGUUCUAUUAACCACUAAUGACCGUAGACUAUCUUUAAUCCUUGGUAAACAUGAGCAAGAAUUCUGAGGGAUUCAAGCAUUUAACAACAUGGGCUUUCUUUUUGUUUGAUGUAAAUGAAAUAGCUUGACUGAACGGAUGUAAAGUUCUGUGCAUCAAAAUAUUUGAAGGUUUUUAUCAAAUAGGACAUAAUAAAGUCAACGUGAGGCAUUCUUUAAACGUAUUUUGUGAUUUAAUUCUUGAUUAAAGAUGAACAGCAAGCAGAGUUGAAUUUUUGUAACCCAGGGAUAGGACAGAUUUGGAUAGGUCAAAGAUGGAUGGGACAGAACUGGAUGGGAAAGAGUUGGAUAGGAAAGAGUUGGAUGGGACAAAGUUGGAUGGAUCAGAGUUGGAUGGGACUGAGUUGGAUAUGGUUUUUUUCUUGUGUGGCUAUCUUGCUUGUCUUCUUCUUUAUACCAGUUGAAAAUGUGGGCUCAAGAAAUAAUUGUUGGUUACUGCUUGUGGUACCAAUGGUUGGGUACGACAGUGAUAUAAUUAAAUGUUACUACUCCAGCUCACCCAUUUUGCUGUAAACAUUCCAGGCAAUAGAGAACCAGAUCCGAAGUUUUGGCCAGACACCCACUCAGCUGUUGACUGAACCCCACCCACCUCGAAGUUCAGUCAUGCAUCUGGUAAGUCGCUCUAACAAGAACUCUCGAAAACCCUAGUGAAUAUCUUUCGGGUCUCCAGGGCUCAAUACUUAACACUUGCUUGCAGCAAACAUGGGAAAAUUAAAGCUUAUGUUAUUAACCUUGUCCAGUCAAAUUCUAUGUUGUUCUCAGUCAUGGCCUGCAACACCACCACUCCCACACCUCCCCCCCCCCCCCACAUACACAUUCAUUUCUUUCUCCUUAGUCCACAAUGGUAUAUUUGUACAAAGUUAGAUUCAGAUAACCUGUAAAAUUUAAAAAGGUUUAAAGGAAAAGCAGAAAUGACAUGAUUGGGAUAAUUAAGCCACUUUUGCUUUAAAAUCUAAAACCAGUGGUUCUCUGCUUUUUAUUCGUUAAAAGGCUUAAUUAGAGGGGUAAAUCAUUAAAGAGUGUGUAAAGCGGGAAAAGUUUGGACCCAUAGAUUUUUUUAAAAACAAAACAAGAUACAGCUUUGUAAGGUCUACCUCACUAUGUUCUUGUUAUUAGUUACCAGGGUCAUCAUUAAAAUAUUCAUUUAUUUUCCUAGUUUCCCAUGUGGGAUUUUGCUUCGUUUUUUUUUUAAAUUUCCUUAUUUAGAUGAUGUAAUACAUUGCCUCACCAUAAACUUUACCCCGCAGGUGUGCUUCCCCCCUGAAUCUAUAAACUCGGUGAUUCAUUUAUUAGAUGUUUUUUUUUUAAAAAUAUAAAUAAGCCUUUCUGUUCAUCAAAUAUUUAUCAUUUUUAUUUUGAGACUUGAUUUUAGCUUUUUAACACCUUCACAGAGUUUUGACGGUCUGGAAUUGAAAUACCAUAAUUAAAACAAAACAUUUAAUUAUCUAUUAUGUAGAAUCUCUAAGCUUUUUUUUUUUUCCUUUUUGAUUUCCUCCAAUAUUUCCCAACCUGGGUUACUCUGACCAGAUCUUAUUUUUAUUCCUUAUGUUACUGUUGAAUUUUUGUUGUCAGAUGGGAUUGGGGGGAGGGGGGGAGGGAGGUUUAAAUUAUUAAAUUCUUUGCUGACUGGGUUUUCCUAUGAGAUUGAACACAAAUAAAUUUCCUUUUCAGAAUUCACUUUAUGGUGUAGACAGAAAGUAACCAAUAACUUUAAAACCAAAAAAACAAUCUAUCAGCACAAAGUAGGCAAAUAAAUAUAUCUGGCCUGCAUGGAGGGAAAUAGGAGAAUACAGGAAACUAAGUGUAUCUUCUUGAUGCCUGGGCAAGGUUGGGAGCCACUGAUUUUUAUCAAAGAUUAAAUUUGAGAUGAUUGCAGGAUUGGGUUUAGUGGUUUUGAGAGUUUUAUCCCAUGAUUUAAUGGACCAGCAGUGAAUUUUAUUUGCACAAAAUGUUUGUUGCUAAAACCAGAUAAUUGAUCAAUUUUAAAAAAAAUUAAUUUUAAGUGAUAACACAGGGUUCUCAGACACAAAAUCUUCUCCUGUACCCCACUGUCUCACCGCAGUAGCAAAUUUAGGAUAGAGCUGACGGUGUAUUAUUCAAAGAUAAGUUAGACCAUGGCCUUGACCCUAAUAUUUUAAAUCUUUAUUUAUUUUUUUUGGUCUCUUCCACCUCCAUUAUUAACCCAUAUUAAACAAAGCACUGAUUUCCUUCCAUCCAUUCAUUCAUCAUCUCUAUGUUUAUUUAUUCCAGCUAAUAGAAAAAAAUCAGGACCGUAGAAGCAUCAUCAAUAAGGUUCUGCAUCAUUUCCUUAUAGUUGCCUCCCAUAUUGCUUGCUGCUUGGAAAAUAGGAAACAAAAUAAUAUUUUUUAAUAAUCUUUCUUUUCCUUAUUAUUUUUCAUUACUUUGGGGACAAAAAUAUUUUAUUUAUUCCUUUUUUUUUUUAAAUGGCAUUGACCUUGAAUUGCUUUUUUAUUUCAAUUUUUCAUUUAAAUCUUACUCUGAAUUAAAAUAAUAAAACAUGAAUCCUUUCUGCAGUUACAAUUGUAAUAAUUAUUGAGAGAAUGCAAUAUUAUUUACUCUACUUUUACUUCCUUUUUAUUUUGUUAAAAAGUACAGCCUAUCAGUUUGGGAUGGGGGGGGGGGGGCAGACAUUAAUAGAAUUAAAAAGUAAUCCCUCAAAAAAAGUUGUUGUUUUUUUUAUUUUCCUUUUUGAAGUUAAAAAUAUUAUUUAAUCUACUUUUUCUUCCUUUUUAUUUUGUUAAAAAAUACAGCCUAUUAAUUUUGGAUUGGGGGGGGGGGGCAGACAUUGAUAGAAUUAAAAAGUAAUCCCUCAAAAAAAGUUGUUGUUUUUUUUAAUGUCCUUUGUGAAGUUAAAAAUCUAAUGAUAUAAUCAGAGAGACGGCUCUUCUAGUGAGGAUAUAGUCACUAUAAGAAUAGGCCUACACCAUGUUCAUAUAAUAAUGCUUUUAUUAACCAACACCAUGUGACACAAAUAUUAGCUAGUGGCUAUCUUCACUAUGUACUGCUAGGUUAACACAAUGACGUCAUUGCACACAUUAGUAUAACCAAUUUAAUAACAAGCCAAACUACAAACUUGUCAUUGAAGACCUGGGCUUGAGUGAAUCCAUUUGUGUGAAGUGAAUCCAUGGCUUAUAAUUUAGUUGCUUACAUAAGAACAUCAAAAGUUAUGUAGGAUACACUAAUACCUAAAAAAAAAAACAUCAUUAAUAUAUUAACUAUUUAACCAGUGAUUUCAGCUUAAUUCACAUCAAAUAUGUAUUCACUACUGAGCUAAUUAACUCCUUGUAGAAUAACAAAUAGACCCAGAUCACCCAGAUCUCAAUAAUUUUAUGAGAUUUUUAUAACUCAUAAGAAUUUCAAGUCAUUUACCAAAUUUUUAUGAAGAAAUUAUUUUUUUGUGAAAACAAAGUUAUCCUGGAUUUGUUUAAGUACAGCAUAUCAAGUAUUCUUUAUACUACAAAUUAUUCCAUUUGAUUUUGUUUGAAUCCUGAUAUCCUGGCUUUCCACUUUCAUUUGAGAGGCCAUUGGUAAAUGUUACAUUGUUGAAAAUCUAUAGAUAUAAAAAUUUCAAGAAUUUUACUCUUUGGUCUUCUUGAUUUUGAAAGAGUUACUGCUGAAAUAUAAUGACUCUCAAUCGCUAGACAGUACAAAGGACUGGGUAUUCAAUUUAGUUUAUAUUAUGAAUUUAAGUUAUACAGAAGCAGUUUAAGAGAGAUGGAUAACUAAUUUGUGAUAUAUAUUUAAAAAUUCAAAUUAUUUCCUAGACAACAGUUAAUGCCCCCAAUUAUAAUAUUGGGGCGGGGUGUUAGUAAAUAUUUUUAAUAUUAAUUUUUAGGAAUUUAAAAAAGGAGCAGUUGUACAAUUUAUUUGACAGUCUGUAUACCAUUAAUAUUUUUUGUUCCCUUUUAAAAAUUUGUAUUCAUAUUUUUUUUGUCUUCCUGGUCUUUUAUGCUUGGACAUUUUGGGGAAUCGGAUUAGGCCCUUUUUUUUUUUCAAACUAUUAUUUCAGGCUUAUGGUUCUUUGCUAAUGGUAUGAAACCCUUAUGUGUAUGCGCAUACAUGAAACGUAGUUGAAAUAAACAUAUGGCUGUGUUAAAUAAAACUUAUUUUUAUUAUAUCCAUUACGCUGGUCUUUAAAUUGAUUUGUCCUGGAGGAAAUAACUUCACAUCCAGUUAGCAUUAGCUUUAUUGUUCACAUUUUCUUUUUACUAUUGUAAAGCUCAACACAUGCUGAUGAAGAAUUUAUUUCUCCUGAUGUUGAAUGCUUUUGUCCUCCCAUUGAACAGAGCCCAAUGAUGUUCUCCAAGAACCAGGACGACGUCUGCAUGAUCAUGAAGUUCCUGUCCAACUCACCGGUCACCCACGUGGCGGCCAACACCCACCCCGCGGUGCCUAUCCCGGCGGUCACCAGCAUAUCCUGCAACCACAACUAUGCCAUCAACAAGUGGAACAAUGGCUACACACGUGAGGAAACUUGCACACAUUUACUCGACUGUCAUGUUGAGUCACACAGAAAAUGAAAUCUGUUGGAUUCGAGUGUUUAAAUUUCUAUCACACUGACAUUUUGUUGCUAUAAAAUCUUCAGUGGUAUCAGACAUCCAUGUAAAUUUGGGUGUUUAAAUUUCUAAACACUUAUUAAAUAUUUGUAGUUUGGAGUCGCAUCCAAUAUAAAUGAAUUCGAAAUCCGGCCUGUCGUUGUCUCCAUGCAUUUGAUAUUUUCUUUAAGGUCUGUGAGUUCAAUAAAUCAGUGCUUUAUCUUUCAAUAAUCUUUCAGCUCAAGGAAAUGCUGCAAGCUUUUCAUCUGACAAAGCUGACCCCACAGCCCCGCCAAAUCUACCAUUGGCCAUGGAUCAAAUGUUAGGUAGGUUAAGAUAACAAAUCACCAAAAGUUAGAUAGGUUUUAAAAGAAAUAUCAGUGUAAUGUAUUAAGAAUAUUCCAAAAAAGGUUUUCUGUGUAUUUCUUUUCAUUCUCAGUUAAUACGUCUCAGCAAAGUAGUUUGCCAUUAAAUAAAUAAGUCCAGCGGUUACAUUAUAGGCCUUAAAAAUACAUUUUAAUGUAGCUCAUGCUAAAAACAUAUCCUUUUGUGUCAAUAUUUUUAUUUUUCAUGUAGUUUUAAAAAAUCUGUUUUUCUCAAUCUAAAGAAGCAUCAGAUAUUCUUGCUUGAGAAGCAUCAAUUAUUCCUUAUGGAAAGAAGCAUCAGUUAUUCUUUUCCUAAAGAAGCGUUAGUUAUUCCUUGCCUAAAGAAGAAUUAGUUAUUCCUUGCCUAAAGAAGGGUUAGUUAUUCCUUGCCUAAAGAAGAAUUAGUUAUUCCUUGCCUAAAGAAGCAUUAGUUAUUCCUGUCAGAGACCAACUGAUGGCCAAAUAUUGAAAGUUUUUCUGUCACAGAAAAUUUUCCUUUAGUUCUGUGUGUGCUCCAAGCCAAUUGUGCUGUCUUACUGUCCAUAAAAACUCGUCUAUUUUUUUCCUUCCUUCAGUCCAGCACACUGGACCUCAGAAACGAACUCUUGGUGACAACUUUGACCAGAGGCUGCCUGUCAACCAUCACAGCUUUGUGACUACCGCAGACAACCGCUUCCUGUUUGCCUGCGGUUUCUGGGACAAGAGUUUCAGGAUUUAUCACUUAGACUCAGGUGUGUGUCUGACUUCUUGCUGUAUGGGUGUGUCGUGUCUGUGUUUGUUAUUGUCUGUGGCUUUAUACCUGUGGCUGUAUGUCUGUGUCUGGGUGUAUGUCUGUGGCUGUUUGUGGCUGUAUGUAUUUGGAUAUGUGCUUUUUUUGUGGCUAGGUGUAUGUCUGUGGUUCUGUGGCUUUGUGUCUGGCUGUGUGGCUUUGACUCUGUGUGGCUGUGUGCAUUUAGUUGUGUGCCAAUGGCUCUAUGUCUGUAAUGCUGUAUGCCUGUGACUGUAUGGCUGCGGGUCUAUGUCUCUGGCUCUAUGCCUGUGCCUGUGACUGUAUGGCUGCGGGUCUAUGUCUCUGGCUCUAUGCCUGUGCCUGUGACUGUAUGGCUGCGGGUCUAUGUCUCUGGCUCUAUGCCUGUGCCUGUGACUGUAUGGCUGCGGGUCUAUGUCUCUGGCUCUAUGCCUGUGCCUGUGACUGUAUGGCUGCGGGUCUAUGUCUCUGGCUCUAUGCCUGUGCCUGUGACUGUAUGGCUGCGGGUCUAUGUCUCUGGCUCUAUGCCUGUGGUUGUGUGCCUAUGGCUUUAGGCCUGUGGCACUGUAUGUCUCAUGUGAUUACACAUUAUGUCAGUGUUUGGUAGUCAGUAUUUGGGAAUUCAGAGACACUAUGAAUGUAGAUACUUUCAAAGUAUAAAUAGGAUUUUAUAAGUAGUUUAAAAGUUGUAGCAUAAACUAGGAGUACCCGUUGAUACCCUCAUAGUCCAUUCAUGAAAACACCACUUGUAUUUGUGUGAUACACCACUUGUAUUUGUGUGAUACACCACUUGUAUUUGUGUGAUACACCACUUGUAUUUGUGUGAUACACUACUUGUAUUUGUGUGAUACACCACUUGUAUUUGUGUGAUACACCACUUGUAUUUGUGUGAUACACCACUUUUAUUUGUGUGAUACACCACUUGUAUUUGUGUGAUACACCACUUGUAUUUGUGUGAUACACCCCUUGUAUUUGUGUGAUACACCACUUGUAUUUGUGUGAUACACCACUUGUAUUUGUGUGAUACACCACUUGUAUUUGUGUGAUACACUACUUGUAUUUGUGUGAUACACCACUUGUAUUUGUGUGAUACACCACUUGUAUUUGUGUGAUACACCACUUUUAUUUGUGUGAUACACCACUUGUAUUUGUGUGAUACACCACUUGUAUUUGUGUGAUACACCCCUUGUAUUUGUGUGAUACACCACUUGUAUUUGUGUGAUACACCACUUGUAUUUGUGUGAUACACCACUUGUAUUUGUGUGAUACACCACUUGUAUUUGUGUGAUACACCACUUGUAUUUGUGUGAUACACCACUUGUAUUUGUGUGAUUCAUCAAUUGGAAAUAUGAAAAAUAUAAAGUAUGUUUAGAAUUGUUAUAUUUGUUCCAGCUCGCAUCAUUCAAGUUGUGUUCGGUCACUUUGAUGUUGUGACCUGCGUGGCACGCUCCGAGUGUAACAUCAGCCAGGACUGCUACGUGAUCACUGGCUCCAAGGACUGCACGGUCAUGGUGUGGAUGUUCAACGCCAAGGCCCAGGCCGUACUGGGAGAUAGCAAUAGUGAGGCUUUCAAGAUACAUCUAGCGUUUAUAAGAUUAUCUUUGUUAACAGGAAGCAGAAGUCUAUGAUACAAGUUCAGAAAUGUCAUAAUUGCUAUCCGUGCUUAGAAGAUUAUUGUGUCUGGAGUAAACGUUCCAAGUCACAGAGCAGUAAUGCACAUCCACCAAAAGGAUUGUCAUGUCGCAUGUCUUAUUAUUUAUUCAGGGAUAUUGUAAAAUCAACUCUUCAACAAAACAUGAAUUUCCAUGUCAUUCUAUUUACUCAGUGGUAUUAUAAAAUAAUUGUUUAAAGGAUUACUAUGUCAUAUUAUUUACUCAGUCAUAAUAUAAAACAACUUUUCAAGAGGGAUGGUAAAAAAUGUCUUAUUAUUUACUCACUGAUAUUAUAAAAUAACUGAUCAAAAGGGCUUCUGCUAUACAAGGUUGGCCUGAACUGUCUUAGAGAAACUGUCAAAAUUUCAUUCCAAUAGAAAUUACAGAAAGCUGAUAAAUAAGUACAUUGCUCCAAUAUUAAAAUAAUAAAAUUUAAAAAUCAAAACGUUUAAUUUUUUAAAAUUCUUCCCACUCAGUAGUUGUGCCAUUGCUAGAAGUAUUCAUAUACAAAAAUAAAGUUUACAUUGCUAAUGAUCAUCAUUGUGUUGAACCCAGGUAUAGACAUGCCCACACCUAGGACGGUUCUCACUGGACAUCAGUCGGAGAUUACCUGUGUGGCGACCAUUGCUGAACUAGGUCUGGUUGUCAGUGGCUCGAAAGGUAAGAGGAUAGGGAUAAUUCAUCCGUCGAUAUCAACCACGACCACCUUAAUCAUCGUAUUUGGGCUAAUUAUGAACUUGUUUGUGGGUGUGCAGAGGGCCGAUAAGACAGAUUGCGGCACGAAAUGAGACUAUGACAGCGAGUGCACCCACACAUGCCCAUCACCACAUGAGACUAUGACAGUGAGUGCACCCACACAUGCCCAUCACCACAUGAGACUAUGACAGCGAGUGCACCCACACAUGCCCAUCACCACAUGAGACUAUGACAGCGAGUGCACCCACACAUGCCCAUCACCACAUGAGACUAUGACAGCGAGUGCACCCACACAUGCCCACCAGCACAAAACUGUUAAGGAAGACUUUGAUUGAUGGACAACCUGGCAACCACCUAAGUGGCCAGUGCACCACUGAAAGAGUAAAUGGCUGCAUUACCCAAAGGAUGUUAGGACUGGAGUAAAUUCAAGUGUACUUGGAUCAAUUCAGUUUAUUUUUAUUAAGUUAAAAAUGAGUAGAAGGCUGAUUGGCCAACUCAGCGGUAUACAACUUGAACUGAGAUUUCUUGGCUCACUGCUACAACAGCACAUUGAAUUAAAUCCAACAGCUCAAUGUUCAGUCUUGUUGCAGUGAGUUCAAGUUAACUGAACACUCCGUUUAGCUCACAUUUUGUUGUUAUACACACAAAGUGCAUUCGGUCACCAUUAUUUGUCCAAAAAAUCCAUUGUCAGCUAAACCUUUUAAUUGAGACCACAUACACUAUUACAUAGCAUUCUAUCAGACUAAAGAAAUAUGCCGACAAACUUGGCUUUGUCACAGAAAGUCAUCUUUUCAUAAGAAAAAAAAAUAAAUCACCCAGCAUAAUAGAAAAUGACUGUCUAAAACAAAUCCUAAAGUUAUUCCAUAGAUGACCACGUAAGCUGUUCUAUAAUUACAUGACAGAUGGCCCAAGUCUGGUCCACUCAUUGACGGGCGACCUCCUGCACUCUCUGGAACCACCGUCCACCUGUCACUCACCCAGACUGAUCACCAUCUCCAGGGAAGCCUACAUCAUUUUGACGUACGACCGUGGAAAUAUCUGUAUGUUCAGCAUUAAUGGCAAGAUGCUUCACUUCAUGGAGCACAAGGACUUUAUUCAGGUAUUCAUUUCUUAAGGUCAAUUUUUCUUAUCAGCCAUUGCAAUUUGAAAAUGUAAGCAAAAUUUGAUUUGAUUUUUUUUUUUUAAAGGCAUCCACAGUUUUUUCAAUAAAUUUUCCCAAACACAUUUUUUUUUUUAGAACUAAUUUUUUAAAGUUUAAUUUUCCCUUAUUCCUUAUUCCCAAUUCCCAUGGAUCCAUCACAUCCUGUGAACAGCCAUAUUUGACUUGUUUUAGUUGAAUUUUUCCUUGUGUUGAGCUGUAGUUUGUAAGGAAAGAUGCAAUUUGUAGGGAUCUUGAACAUGUCAAGAUUCUUGUUGACUGUGAGGUGUCAGUACUGGGUUGAAAUUGUUAUGCUAAACUGAUUAAGGAAUGAUUGCACUGCAAUAAAUAGUCAUUGAAAUUCCCCAAUGAUGUCUUCAAAACUAUAUUUGUAGUCCCUGAUCUUGAGUCGUGAUGGACAGUACAUGAUCCUGGGAGGUAACGCGGGCGUGGUAGAGGUGUGGCGAGCCCAUGACUUCAGUCACCUGUACGCCUACCCAGUGUGUGACAGUUCUCUACGAUCCCUGGCCUUGACACACGAUCAUAGGUAA